ACAGAUAAAGAUUUGGGGUGAAGAGUGUUGGGGGAGAAGCAACAAGUAGGAUACGACACCUACAUUUGGUAUCGGAGCAUUGGUUUAAACCGUAGAUAUGGAGUCAGGAAAUCAUUCUAUGGUUAAAUUGACAUCAACCAAUUAUUCCAUUUGGCGUCCUAUGAUGGAAGAUUUGUUAUAUUGUAAAGAUUUGUUUGACCCAAUUGAUGUGGAUAAAACCAAGAAGGAUGACAUGCCCACUAAACCAGAGAAGAUGACAGAUAGAGAAUGGGAAAAACUGAAUAGAAAGACCUUGGGGACUAUCAGACAGUGGAUUGAUAUUAGCAUAUUCAAUCAUGUAUCCCAAGAGACUGAGCCACUCGAGUUGUGGAGAAAAUUGGAGGGUCUUUAUGAGAGAAAGACUGCUCAUAACAAGGCCUCGUUGAUUAAGAGGCUUGUUAGUCUCAAGUUGAAGCCGGGAAAAUCUGUUUCUGAGCAUACUAGUGAUUUUCAAGAUAUCAUUAACAAGUUGACUGUGAUGAAAAUUGUUUUUGAUGAUGAGUUGCAGGCUUUAUUCCUAUUGAGUUCUUUGCCAGAUAAGCUUAGAAGAAAGGAGAUGGGUGUUGACACUUCACAAGCACUUGUGGUGGAGAAUAGAGGAAGAAGCAAAAGUAGAGGACCUAAGGGGCGUGGCAAGUCAAAGUACAGGUCCAAGUCCAAGGAUGGGAGAGAGCCCACUAUAUGUCACUAUUGUAGCAAACCUGGCCAUAUUCAAAAGUUUUGCUACGAGAUGAAAAGAGACCAGCAAAAGAAGAAAAAUGAUCAUCACAAAGAGGGUGAUGACAAGAAUACAACGGCGACAGCUUCUACUUCAGAUGAUGGUGUUUCAUUGGUUUGUACUGCCGGUGAUUGCUGUCAUGUUGAUAAUUCUGAUUCUGAAUGGCUUGUUGAUACGGGGGCUUCUUAUCAUUGUGUUCCUCAUAAGGAGUACUUUAUUGACUACCGAGUUGGAGAUUUUGGUAGUGUGAAGAUGGGAAACCAGAGUUCAGCAAGUAUUGUUGGAAUUGGAGAUAUUCGGGUUCAAACCAGUGUUGGGUGCUAUAUGACUUUGAGAGAUGUUCGCCACAUUCCAGAUUUACGCCUCAAUUUAUUGUCUGCUAAUUUACUUGAUCAAGAAGGUUAGAAGCAUACUUUUGCAACACAUCAAAUAAACCACAAUAAAAUAUGAAUAAUAAAGAUGCAAACGACACACGAUUUUUAUACGUGGAAAACCCUUUCGAUGUGAAGGAUAAAAACCACGGGACUUAUAGGGAGUCCGCCCUCUUCUUCUCUUAUUAUGCAAAUUGAGGGUAAAAACACCCAAACUCAGUCUACAAGGAUGUCACAGCCCACCAACAACAACAUACAUAAGAGGCAUCAACAAUAGAGAAGGAAAAUCAGGAUUAUCACCCAGAAACGCAGCGUCCCACCAGCUGCGAUUACAGAAGAUCCAUAGCUCCGAUUAAUGUGAAACUUGAACAUAUUGAAGCCCUAAGUGUUGGGAACAACCUCUGAAAAUUUCAGCUCAAUCCAACGGUCGGAUCUCCGGCGAUGAUCGAAUUUGUGCGGCUGGUCUGUAAAUUCUGCACCAGCACCUUUCCUCUCUCUAUUCUGUUUUUUUUCUCUGUUUGCUCUCUCUGCUAUGUUCGUAAGCACUGCCACUGCCCAGCCCUUUUACUCUCCUUUUUUUUAGUCAACAAAGUAAAAACAUAAUUGGGCC